AUGACCACCAAGGAAAGGAUCAUUCCUUCUAUUGACAACCAAUGUAAUGGCAUUCUUCCCCUGGACCACUAAUGCAAGGAGGCAUUUUCCUUCUGACUAUCAAUUUAGGUGCAUUCUUCAAACUGACCACCAAUAUAAGGGGAGCAUUCUUCUCACUGACCACCAAUGUAAGGAGCAUUCUUCCCACUGACCACCAAUGUAAGGAACAUUCUUCCCACUGACCACCAAUGUAAGGAACAGUCUUCCCACUGACCACCAAUGUAAGG